CCAUUUUUUUCCUUUUUGCUAAGCAAACACUUUUUAGCUAAAACUUGGUUAUGCCUUUUCGAAGUUUACAAAGCAACUAUUAAUAAUUCUUUGAAUGAAUAUAAACUUGUAUUACAUCAAGUGCAGCUGAUUCCGCAAGGAUAAAAUAAGAAACCAAUGAUUAAACGAAAAAUGUUAAAUGAAACUAUUGAUAACUUUUAUUACACAUAUUUUUCUCUUCUUAAAAGAUCUGAAACUAUAAAAAAUGAAAUAAAAUAAAAUUGUGGAUCAUUAUAUCAACUCUAUUUAUUUUUAUAAAUAUCUACGCCAAUUUUUCAUUACAUCUCAUAGAUUUUUUAUAGCUGAUAAAUGGAUGUUAGUUUUGAUAAUAUAUGCAAUCAAUAUAUUUAUAUAUAAAUAAUAAUAUUAAAAAAAAAAAUUUACUUAUAGUAAAAUAAUUUUUGAUUAAAAUAAUAUAAUUUUAGGUAGAUAAUCGAUCUCAGCUUGAAUUAACCUAGAAAAUGCCUGAAUAAAGUUAUUAAUCUCACAUUCAUCUGAAAUAAAACCCAAACCUUGAAAAUCAAAAGGUUAAAAUCUCCCAAUCAUCAAAAUCAUUAGGGAUAAAGCAGCGUGAUUCUUCUCAAUUAUGAUGAUUUGGGGAUUUUAACCCUUUCGUUUUUUUGGGUUUUUUUAGAUUUUUCUUGGUUUAAUUUGGAUAUUGAACCGAGAACAUACUCGUACACACUUUUUCUCCUGUUAUUGUUUCUUUCAACAAUUUAACAGAUAUCCUCCAUAAUAAACAUCAACAUAAAAACAAAACAAGUCUAAACCAACCAAUCAAAAUACAUAAAUCAAUAGAAGAAAAAAAAUACUAAUAUCAUUAUAAAAAAUAUUCCUUGCUUUCAAAGACACGGGGACAUGAGUUACAUCGUGAUAUCCUCCAUUAAAGAACAAUUCAUGAAGGGCCUUAAGGUUUGUCAAUAAGACAGCCAUAUCUUCACCAUCACCAGAACACUUCUCUCUCUUUCCCUCCGACUCGAAAACUUUAUUAUUCUUGAAGAAAUUAAGAGCUUUUGCUAGGACCCCGUCGAUGACCUUGUUGCUGUUGUUUGCUUUGAAAUACUCGUACUUGGGAGAUAUAAUGACCAGGUUAGGUAAGUCUCGCUUCCUCCACAAUCUACGAAAGUCAUUGAUUUGUUCAAGACAAGACAUCCAGAGUUUUCUUACGCAGAAGAGAGGAUAGAUGAGGACGCCGAGGAUGGUGAAUUGGCGAAUGCUCUUGAGUUACUGAAAGAAGUGCACAAAUUCUUCACUGAGAAAGACGAAGAUUCGAGAGAUGUUAGGGCGUUGCUUUUUCCCUUAGAGUCAUAAUCUUUAAUCCUUCUUGUUGUUUUUAUCGCUGUUGCUUCUGAAACUUGUAACAACAAAACGAACACACAUGAGCUCUAAGAUCAACCAUAACUUUCAUUGUAUCAUGAAUGGUUGUUUGUUUACUCUAAAUUUGGAGGGUAAAAGCUUAAUAAUCAUGAUCAUGAUUCAUCGGUUUCUCUUACUGUACUGCUAUACAAUCCAAAAUCUUCGUCAUCAUCAUCAUCUAAUAACCAAUGAGUUCUGACCAUGAUAACAGCUGAUCUCUGAUUUGAUUCAAUUAGACGGUUUAGUUGGUGGUUUAGUCCACGAAAACUUGAUUCUUGCCGCGACUGCAAAUAGAUCUGGACGUUUGAUUUUCGGUUUAGGUAUUUUGGUUUUUGAUUUUCAAUUUUAUAGAUUUAAAAACCAUUUAGAUAUUUACAAAAUUUGGUUCAAUGUGGGUAGUAGUAAAAUUGAAAAAAAAAAACUUAAUAUCCAACUUAGUUCCAGUUCGGUUUUAUUAAUGACUAAUUUCGUAUAAUAUUGGUAAUGUUAGUUUUUUUCGGUCACAAGAGUAAAUGUUUUUAAUAUUAAAUAUUUGAAUAUUUUGAGAGCUUGACUUAGAAUUCUACCAUUGCUCAUGCUCUAAUGUUGUUCAUUUAGUGAACUAGUUUUUUCUUACUGAAUUUUUAUUAAAAAAAUUGUAUUCAUUUCUUCGUAUUCUAAUUCAUUAUAAUGUUUUCAUUAAUCGAAACCAAGAAAAUAUCCGAAUAAAGUGUUCAUCCAAAAUAAAAUUCAAAUCUCAAAAACCAAAAGGUCAAAAUCCUCAAAUCAUCAAAAUCAUUAGGAAUAAAGUAAUUUGGUUCUUCUCAAUUAUGAUGAUUUUAGGAUUUUCAUUGCUGCUUACAGAUUUUCUCUUGUUACAGAAAAUCAAACUGAUACUUGUCAUGGUAAAUGUAAGUAGUUUGAUCAAAUCAUAUACUAUAAAUGUAUGUUUAAUAGCGCUUCAGUGGGGAAGUAUUAGGAGGAAAAGUCAAUAAGUCAACGAUGAACAGAGAAAGAUGAGGAAGAAAGUCCAACAGGGCGUACCCAAAAACUUCUCGACAGAAAGAGAGAGGAAAGAGCACUCAUCUCUGACACUUCUUUUGCAUUUUAAACAAAAUCAUUAUUCUAUGAAUAAAGACUUUUCUUGAGAGAAUAAAUGUUUUGGAGUUUUCAUUAUUAGCUAAUCUUAUUUUCUAUCGUUCUUCUGAGGGAAUCUUCGUUUCCCCUCCAUUUCGUACGCUUUCUGGGACUGUGUUUACACAGAUUAAGCUAUCUAUCUGUCUGCUUUUAAACAAAGAAUAGCUAGAGCUGAGUGAGUGGGAUUGGUUUCUUUCUUGUUGUGUGUUUAAAAUGGGGGCUUGUUUCAGCAAUCAGAUCAAAACAGAUAUUGCUUCCAGUACAUGGCUAAGUUCGAAAUUCAUGAGUAGGGAAGGGAGCAAAGGCUCAGCUUCGGCCACUUCCUUCUCUCAUACGCCUCGAACAGAAGGCGAGAUCUUGAAAAAUGCUAAUCUCAAGAGCUUUACCCUCGGUGAACUCAAGUCUGCAACGAGGAGCUUCCGGCCUGAUAGUAUGGUUGGUGAAGGUGGCUUUGGUUGCGUUUUCAAAGGAUGGAUCGAUGAGACUUCCUUGUCUCCUUCCAAACCGGGGACUGGAAUUGUCAUUGCAGUGAAAAAACUUAACCAAGAAGGGCUUCAAGGUCAUCGAGAAUGGCUGGCUGAGAUCAAUUAUUUAGGACAGCUGGAUCAUCCAAACCUUGUGAAACUAGUUGGAUACUGCUUAGAGGAAGAGCAGAGGCUUCUUGUUUACGAGUUCAUGCCUCGCGGUAGUCUUGAGAAUCACUUAUUCAGAAGAGGAACGUUCUUUCAGCCAAUUUCAUGGAACACGCGGGUUCGAAUGGCUCUUGGAGCAGCUAGAGGACUCGCUUUUCUACACAGUGCUCAACCUCAAGUUAUAUACAGAGACUUCAAAGCAUCCAACAUCUUGCUUGAUUCAAACUACAAUGCAAAGCUUUCGGAUUUCGGUUUGGCUAGAGAUGGUCCAGAGGGUGACAACAGCCAUGUCUCUACCAGAGUCGUUGGAACUCAAGGAUACGCUGCUCCUGAAUAUCUAGCUACCGGUCAUUUAUCGGCAAAGAGUGAUGUGUACAGCUUCGGGGUUGUGUUACUGGAGCUGUUAUCAGGGAGACGAGCAAUUGACAAGAACCAACCGGUGGGAGAACACAAUCUAGUGGACUGGGCGAGACCUUACUUAACAAACAAAAGAAGGCUUCUCCGAGUGAUGGAUCCUCGUCUCCAAGGUCAAUACUCGCUUACCCGGGCUUUAAAAAUCGCACUUCUUGCACUCGACUGCAUAUCCUUAGAUUCCAAGGUUAGACCGACCAUGAACGAUGUCGUCAAGACACUUGAAGAACUCCAUGUCCAGAAGGAAACACCAAAAGAGCAGCAGAAUCUUCUUCAACCCAGCAGUGAGAACAACAAGUCUCCACAAGCUGUGAAUUAUCCUAGGCCUUCAAUUAUGUAACAAUCUUUACCUGGAUUUAGAGAUGUAUAUAUACUCUUUUGCCUUCUCUCUGCUUAGGUAUUAAUGCUGUUUCACACUAAAAGAUUCUCAAGUUUUGGUCACUGCCCUGGCAAAAUAUAAGGGAGAGAACAAACAAACUUAUAUAGUUAUUUUUUGCAA